ACGGAAUAUUAUUUUAAAGCAUAUUUUCCCUCUUUGUUUUGUUAAAAUAAUGACCUUUUGUACGUGAAUAACUAGUCGAAACGGCCACUCAAUGGAGGUAAAUCCACUGAGCAUCAUUAUGGUGAAAUCGGACAGUAAGGGUGAUCGAUUGCUGUUCCGCUAUCCAUUCCAUGUUCCUCAGCAAUUUCAAGCCAGUGUGGCCCUCGUGCGGAAGACUCCCUACUCGAUUAUGAACAGCAGUGACGACAUCCUUCAAAAUGCUCCUCCUGUAGUCUCCAACAUUUGCUACGAUCAGCUUUAUGGGAUACCCGACGACGUUUUGGCGACGCUUUUUGCCGUUAAAUCGGAACUGUGCAAUCAGAAGUUUGAACUGAAAGUUAACGAUGUACGCUUUGUGUCCCACCCGACAUUAGUUAAAAUAGACGGCGAGGAUCAGAAGAAUGCCGUUUUUUACCGGAUUAACAUCGUAUUUGCAUUGCAUGCUCAGGCAAGUUAUUCUAUCGUAAAAUGUUACUACGAGCUGAGUAAACGAAUCGGAGUAGGCCUGCUCUAUGAAGAACGCCGGGCUAGUUAUCUGUCAAACGAGAUGAAAAUGAUGGUUGCCUGCAUAGAUGAGGUUGCUGCAGCAGCUCAAGAGCACGACUCUGGAACGACCGUCAAUGCAAUUGCGUUUGAAGCCAUCCUAAGGGAAAGCAGUUUGGCACAGUUCAUUAGAACAAUUUAUCAGGAUCUGUGCACUACUGGUUUGCUUAAUGUCACCCUUAAUCAGUCGGUUACGUUAAGCUUUUGUUUGCCCCAAAAGGCACACCAGUUUCAUAAGAAGGGAGUCAUCGUUGAACCGGAAGCCAUUGAUAGGUGUCUCCACGCACUAAAACCCUAUCACGGCAUGUUGCUGCUAGUGGAUCCUUCGGAGCUGUUAGAUUGUGUCCCGCCGUCCGGUGCCCGCAUGCUUUUGCAGCUCAUCGAAGCUUACAAUCCGUUGAAAAGUUUGCAAAAUAUGGCAUCAGAUGCAGAUCUCGUAAUUGAUCACGUUUACCAGUUAGUCGGUCAUCUGGUAUAUUGGGCUAAAGCCACUAUUAUUUAUCCCCUGUGUGAAACAAACGUGUACGUUAUUGCCCCCGACGCGCAACUUAACAUACAUUCCAACCUGCCCGAUAAGUUCGCCACCAAAUUCCCCGGUAUGUCGCUGUUUGAGGUAAUCAGUGACUUUUCACUGCCAACUUCCAUUGGACAUCUGACCACACCGUUGCAGCACCCCGCCCGCCAGGGGCGGCUAGCUCAGAUGGUUCUCUGGAUGCUGCAGCAUCAUCUGCUCAUGCAACUGCACACUUACGUUCAGUUCAUUGCCUCCUACGAAGAGGAAGACUGCGAAGUUCCGGCGAACGGCGACGCCGCGGAAGAAUCCACAUCAAAUCAAGGAAAGCUUACGGUUUCUCCCCCGAGCACGUCAAGCCAACCGCUAGCUGUUCCGGUACAGCGCAAAAUUUCUCUUACUGAGGACAUGUUCCCAGACAGUUUAACGCUUGCUUCGACAACAUCGAACACCCGUCCGUCGUCCGCUAGUCACCGGUCGAACAUUAGCCACUCGAGCGUUGGUCAAACAGCGUCCAGUACGGAUAACGAUGAGAGCAUAGCAUCCAUGGAAGAUGAGGACAAAAUCAAACGACUACUGUCGGUUUUCGACGAAUGUGACCGAAAGACAAUUGUAAAGAUACCCGCUGCUUCCAACCCGGACGAUCUGGCUCUGAUGGUUCGGCUUUGGCAAGCGGGCUACUUUAAGGGAGAUCAUCAUCUGGAGGAAAUUAUGUACUUUGAAAAUCUGAGACGAUCGCAACUUCUUCAGUUGGUGGACAAAUUCCGCGGGGUUCUGAUCAUCUACGAAACGGAAGAUCCAGCCAUUGCUAGUCUGUACACCGUGUCACAGUAGGACAAAUUGGUAA